AGCACAGUUCCCACUGAGCUGCCGUAACAGGUCCACACAGAGCUAUGGGGACUGUUGAGGAAACAUUUAAGUGUCCCGUCUGCCAGGACUUCUUAACAGAUCCUGUGACACUGCCAUGCGGACAUGACUUCUGCCUCACCUGUAUCCAGGCUGUGUGGGAAACAGAGGGAUCUGAUGAGGGUCCUUUCUUCUGUCCAGAAUGUCAGAUAUUCCUCCCCUCUGACCUCACACUGGAGGUAAACACCAGCCUUCAGAAUAAAGUAAAGGACUUCACCACUAACAGCCCGUCAACAGAAGAGCUGCGGACACCACCAAGCAGGGCAACCGUAUCAUCUUCCACUAUCCGCUGUGACCACUGCAUAGAGACACCAUCAGUGGCCAUAAGGACCUGUCUGACCUGUGAUGCCUCACUGUGCCGGGCUCACGCCCUGCUGCACCAGCAGAGGUCUGCUCUGAGGGAGCACACAGUUGUGGAGGUGACGGGGGAUCCUCUGUCUCUGAAGUGCAGGGAGCACCGUGAUGAGCUCAAGCUCUUCUGUAUGGAGGAGAGGGUCCCCGUGUGCUGCCUGUGUGUCCUGGUCGGCACGCACAAAAACCACAAAGUGUUACAACUCCAUGAAGCCUGCACAGACUACAAGAGGAUGUUGGAGACCACCAUGAUCAAACUGCUGAAGAGGAGAAGUGAAGCAGAACAUGCCAUCAUGGACUUGGAGUCACUGUAUACACAAACAGUGAAGUCUGCUGCAGAAUUCAGAGAGAGAAUCUCAGACAAGUACAGCAGGAUCCGUGUUGUGCUGGAUGGUGAUGAGCGUCUGAUGAUGCAGAUUAUAGACGCAGAGGAGACAUACAUGACAGAGUGGCUGGAGGCCCAGAGGGGGAUCAUGGAGGCUCAGAUCAAAGAGAUAGACAGCCUCAGAGCCUCCAGCAAAUCCCUCCUCCGAGAAUCAAAUGAGCUGCGGUUCCUACAGCAAAUCAAAGCACAGAAUCUUUGCAACCCUUUGGAUUUAGCACCAAUCCAGGAAGUAGACAAAGAUCUGUGUGACCCUGAGAAGCUGAGAACAAUAGAGAAGCUGGUGGAUGACCUCUCAGUGGCUCUGUCUCAACACUUUCCCCGAAUGUGGUCAUAUCUAAGUUCUCCUGCUCUGGACUCCAAGUCAGCCCAUCCCAAACUGGAAAUAUCCCAGGACAGGAAACAAGUGUACUGGAGGAGGCAGCCUGUCAGUGACGCGCUGAGCCCCCAGCCUUAUGACUCCCAGUACAGUGUCCUGGCUCAGGAGAGCUAUACCACUGGCCGCCACUACUGGGAGGUCAUCGUCCAGGAGAAACCUUACUGGCUAAUGGGUGUGACCACUGGGUCAGUCAAUGAAACAGGUGCACCAAGUCAGAGUUUCUCCGGCCUGGGUGUGAACAACACAUCCUGGUGCAUCUACCAUGGAGACGGGCAGUACCUGGCAUGCCAUGAUACCCAGGAGAAGCAGCUGUCGGUGGGAAGGAGAAUCAGAAAGCUGGGCGUACUGGCAGAUCUCCAGAAGGGGGAGCUGUCAUUCUACGAUGCUAAUGCUAUGACCCUGCUUCACACUUUCUGUGUGCAGUGCACAGAGCCCCUCUACCCCAUGUUAAACCCAUGCAUUGAUGUAAAUGGACUGAACAUGCAGCCGCUUACCAUGUUUUGGAUUAAGGACCCCUGAGAUUGUCACGGAAACACAAAUCGGGGGAAAAGAGUGAACUUAGAGGACAACCUUAAAUGACUGUGUUGUGAAUCAAGAUUCAGUGAUU